AUGACGCUCAAGAUGCAGGCCGAGCCGAACCGCGACUGGGCGACGGCCGAGGAAGACCGCCCGUUCGGUGAUUGGGAAACCUUCAUGGCAGGAGCCAUCGAAACCCGCCCCGCGACGGCUCCCACGACGGGCGCCACGGGCUCCAACGCCGGCGCGUUUGCGACGGUGACGCUGUUAUUUUUCUUCUGGGGCUUCAUCACGUGCAUGAACGACGUGUUGAUCCCGUUCUUGAAGGAGAGCUUCAAGCUCACGUACUUCCAGUCGGGCUUGGUGCAGUUCGCGUUCUUCGGGGCAUUCUUCGUUGUCUCGCUGAUCUACUUCUUUAUUUCGGUGGCGAGCGGUGACCCCAUCAAUCGUGUCGGAUACCAACGCGCGAUCGUGUUGUCGCUCGUUAUCUGCGCUGCAGGUUGUGCGCUAUUUGCUCCCGCUGCGGGCGCCGUUUCGUACCCGUUCUUUCUCGGCGCCUUGUUCCUGUUAGCAACCGGCGUGACGAUCCUACAGAUCGCCGCGAAUCCUUACGCCGCUAUCCUCGGGCCUCCUGAAAACGCCUCGGCGCGGCUUAAUCUAGCGCAGGGAUUCAAUUCACUCGGCACCACGAUAGCGCCUAUUGCCGGCGGGCUGUUGCUUUACAAGAUCUUCGCUACGGGUGGCGAGGUGACACUAGACGCCAUCAAGACGCCCUAUUUGAUCUACGCGGGGAUGUUCCUCGCGCUGGCGAUAGUGAUCGCCGUCAGCAAGCUGCCGGCGAUCGGUGGCGGCGCAGCGGCCGAGUCCGGCAACGCAUUAGCGUUUCCACAGCUCCGCUUCGGCAUGGCGGCGAUCUUCCUCUACGUUGGCGCCGAGGUGGCGAUCGGCAGCUUCUUGGUGAGCUUUAUGGCGCACGAGAGUGUGAUGGGAUGGCCCGAGGGCGUGGCCAGCCUCUAUCUCGCCUACUACUGGGGCGGCGCGAUGAUCGGUCGACUCUGCGGCGCUACGGCGAUGUCGACGACCAUCGCUCCGCAGAAGAAGCCGCUCUACAUGGUGCUUACCGCCGCGGCGCUGCUGGGUUUGAUCUACGUCGCCACGGCGGUGCGAUUCGAAGAAGGCCAGUUGCAGAUGGAGUUCAUGAAGCCCACCGAGUUGAUCCCCUUCUCGAUCCUAAUCGCGUUGUGCCUCGCGGCGUUUGGUAUCGGCAAGGGCAAGCCCGGGACGAUCCUCGGCGUCUUCGGCAUGGCGAUCGUGGCUUUGCUUGUCGCGUCCGGCGUGGCGACUGGCAAGGUCGCCCUCUGGGCGGCGCUCGGCGCCGGACUGUUCAACUCGAUCAUGUGGUCGAACAUCUUCACGCUGGCGAUCGACGACCUCGGCGAGCACACCUCGCAGGGGUCGUCGCUGCUGGUGAUGAUGAUCGUUGGCGGCGCGCUCUUCCCGUUGCUCAUGGGCGCGGUCGCCGACAACUACGGCAUCCGUGAGGCGUUCUUUGUCCCGAUCAUCAGCUACGUCUACAUCGCUUGGUACGGCUGGUGGAGCCAGCGGCGGAGCUUGGCAAACCUCUACGCGGGGUUCGAGCGCGUCGCGGCCGAGGCCGGCGGCGGCGCGGCGGCGAUCAGCUUCGCCUUUCCCGGGCCGGCGGAUUACGCCAACGGGGUGAUCUACAACAUCGGCAACCUACCCGCUUACGCCGACGGUGUGCCGCUCGGCGAUCUGCUCGGCGAUCGUUUCGGCGUGCCGGUGCUGAUCAACAACGACGGCGACCUAUUUGCGCUCGGCGAGGCGGCGUUUGGCCGCUUGCCAGAGAUCAACGCGAAGCUGGAGCAGGUGGGCAGCGAUCGGCGUUAUCGCAACUUGAUCGGCCUGACGCUGGGCACCGGCUUUGGCGGCGGCAUCGUAUUGGAUGGCAAGCUGCUCCGCGGCGACAACGGCCUGGCGGGUGAGGUCUGGCUCUUGCGGCAUGGCUUCCGACCCGGCGUCAAUGCCGAAGAGGGCGUCAGCAUCCGCGCGGUGACCCGCGCCUACGCGACUUCGGCCAGCGACCCGGAAGCCGCCCACCGCACGCCGCACGACAUCGCCAAGAUUGCAACGGGCGAACUAGCGGGCGAUGCGGGCGCCGCCCGUGAGGCGUACGCCCAGAUGGGCCGCACGCUUGGCGACGCGAUCGCGAACCUUGUCACCGUGCUCGACGGUAUCGUGGUGAUCGGCGGCGGGCUGUCGCAAGCUCAUCCGCUUUAUAUGCCGGCGUUGCUCAAGGUGGUUGGUGGGGCGUUCUCGGACGAGCCGGACGCCCAGCGACGACUCGUACAGGUGGUCUACAACCUCGAAUCCGAUAUCGAGGCCGCCGCGUUCUACGCGCCCGAUCGGCAGUCGAUGGACGGCAAGCGGGCGCCGCGGCAACCGCGUUCGGCGGUCGCCGUCUC